ACUGACGCACAAUAACAGAUUGUCGGUGAAUUUGACAGCAUGGCACAACAACAGCCCCAGCAAGCUCGUCCUUGGAACCCUGAUUUCAAACACACGGACAGAGAAAGGUAUGGUUUAUUCUCAAGGUAACCCUUAACUAUUCUGUGCAUGCGGAAAUACUAUGAAAAGAAUGUAUCAAAGGGCGUUUUCUGUUUGUGAAACACACUGGGACAAACAGCUGUUUGUUUACACACUCGGAAACUGUUUUUUAGAAUUUAAAAUUGUUGUUUAUAGAUUUUUUUUUUUUUUUGUGAAUUCUGAUAACAAAAACCAAAACACAAGUCUCAUUUUAAUAUCGCAUCUUUUUUUUUUUUUUUGUGCAACUUAAAAACAUUUUUAUUCAGUUUUUGCUAGUUUAAUUAUAUUUUCUUUCUAAGCAUUCGUGUUACCAGAGACCUAUAUAAUAUAGGUCCCUGGUGUUACCUAAAAGGAGAGCUCUGCCCGAAAGGCCGUGAGAUGAGCAGUGUUUGAAAAUUGGUCAUUGGCAUGUCUCAAGUCGGUGGUAGACAAAUAGCACUGCCCGAUGCCUGGAUCAAUGAUGUUUUAGAGUCGGGCAGGUGGAUAUGCAUAUACCCAGCUUACAUGAACAGCCGUAAAACGGUGACAGAGGGAAGAAGGCUCCCCAAAGACAAGUGUGUUGACAAUCCGACAUACAAUGAAAUCAAGGAUGUGUUGAUAGCCUCAGGUUUCAGUAUCGGCAUUGAGAAUAAAGUAUAUCCUAGAGAACUAGAUCACAGAGACCCAAAAGUCCGAGGUCGUAUCCGAGUGCAGCUUAGAGAUGAAAAUGAUGGAUAUGUUAUGCCAGAAUUCAAAACAAGGAAAGCGGUUCUGGAAGUUAUAUGUGAGAAAAUUCCAAAAUUAAAAUCGCGGAUUCAAGGUGCAUCUUCCCAGCCUGCCCCAGCUCAACAGCAGACAUCCGCAAAGUCAAAGAAAGGACGCAAGGGGAAAUAAUCAGGGAUAUAAAGGGGAAAUAACCAGGGAUAUAAAGGGGAGAUAAACAGCGAUACACAGAGAAGAAGUAUUUGGAUGACAAUGGCUGGUGUGAGUGGACAUCAUACUGACUGGAAUAGACUGAUGUGUGAUGAUAAUUUGAAUAAUCCAUCAUGUGCGACACGACAUAGUGACAUUUUCCUUUCUACAUUAUAUUCUAAAACAUUACAGUUUGUCAUUUCUUUCUGUUUGCACGUCCUAGGAAUAAUUUGAUGUUAUAUAUAAUACAUUAUGUCAAUAUAACUUCUGUCUUCACACCACAGGGAUAAUUUGAUGUUAUAUAUAAUACAUGAUGUCAAUGUUUGUUUGUGUAUUAUUGACAGUUAUAUAUGUAUAUGUACAAAGUGAGGGAACUCAAGAACUAAUGUUAAGGUACUGCCUCUCAAUUUCAGACAGGAUAAAACAUUAAUUCAUAUAAAAACUGCUAGUUUGUAUGUUCGGAGUCUGCAAUGGUAAUAGUUUUCUGUUUGAAACAAGGUUUAUAUCUCAAUCACUGUCUGAUAUGCAUGAAACUAAGAAGUCGUCAGUGAUAUUUCACACAUGUAUUCUUUAUUUGUAUUGUGUAUUGUUGAUGUAGUACUGUUUUUGUUGUGUGAAAGCUAGGUAGGGAUGUUAACAUGGAACGGAAGUGAAUAAUUGUGAAAGAGCAAAUAUACCAAUUUAUUAUAAAUGUAAAAAUUACUGGUCGAUUCAAAGUUUUGAAAAAUAAAUAUGUUGUCUUA